CCGUCAUCAUCCAUCCAUCACGUCCUCGUCUCCCCUCCGCCUACCAGCAGCAGUAAACCAAACCAACCAGUGAGCCCCCAAAUCUCCCUCUACUCUCCUCCCUCACAAUCCACUACACUACCAAGGAGGAGAGGAGAGGAGAGGAGAGGUGGCCUUCUACUUGUAUCCUCCUCCCCGCCACAAAACAAGCACCAGGCAGAAUUGCAAGCUGCCACAACAGAUUGAUUAGUAGAUUUCCUUUGCCCAUUAUUUUUGGGCACCACCCAAGGGCAGGGGAGGCUGCCUAUAAGAAGAACGUCUGGAAAAACAAAAAAUAUUGUAUUGCUAUUCGAAGGAAGGACACAAGGCAGAAGAAGACUCUUCUCAAUUCAUCCAUCUCCUCUUCCUCCUCGCCUCUCCCCCCUUUUGUCCCUAUCAACCCCUUUUUUGUAUCUCUCUCCUCUCCUCUCCUCUCCUCUUUCUUUCUACCCUCGCCUUGGCAUUGCCUUGCAUUGUUUUUCUCCUCCUCUUCGCCCCCGCAUCCCAAAUCUUCCUUUCUAAACCCCCCAAAACCUCCACGAAAUACCCCACCCACCCCGGCCCCCGCGCGCCCAUGGACGGCCCACCGCGGCCGCCGCCGCCCAAUGCGCCGCGCCGAUCGCCGGCCGCGCGCGCCGCCGGCCGACGACUCCCGCAUUAGCCGCGCCCCGCGGGGAAUUCCACACCGCCGCCACCGCGGGAUUCGAUUGGCGGGUUGGUGACCGGAAAGGAAGAGUGGGGGGUGGUUCCCUUCCCUUUCCUUUUCCUUGCCGCCCGGCGCGAUCGGCGCGCCGAUCGCUGGUUCGUUCGUUCGUCCGUCCGCCCGUCCCUUCCCUCCUGGGCGGCGACCGGCGAGGCGAUCGGUCCGGCCGCCAUGUCCACGGCGUCGGCCAAGGAGGAGCAGGCGGCCGCCUCGGCGUCGGCGGCGCCCGCGCCCGCAAUGGGCGCCGAGGAGGCCGCUUCGCGCGCCGCACAGAAGCGCUACGAGGCCCUCCUCACCGUGCGGGCCAAGGCGGUCAAGGGCAAGGGCGCCUGGUACUGGGCGCACCUCGAGCCCGUCCUCGUCCCGCCCGCCGACACCGGCAUGCCGCCCAAGGCCGUCAAGCUCCGUUGCGCCCUCUGCUCCGCCGUCUUCUCCGCCUCCAACCCGUCCAGGACCGCCUCCGAGCACCUUAAGCGCGGCACCUGCCCCAACUUCGCCGCGCCGCCGCCGGGGCCCGCCGGCGCCUCGGGCUCGCAGCAGUCGCCCACGCCCACGCCCACGCCAACGCAGCACCAGCAGCUCGCGCUGCCGUCCAACUCCACCGCCUCAUCCCCUAUCCCCAUCUCCUACAUUGCGCCCUCCUCCCCGCGCCACCAGCACCACCACUCCAACCCGCACCACCACCACCACCACCACCACCACACCGGCAGCCGCAAGCGCCACUCCAUGCCUCCCGCCUACACGCCCGCGGACCCCCGCCAGCACCUCGUCGUCGUCGACCCGUCCUCGGCCUACUCCCCCGCGCUGCCGGCGCUGCCGGCGCCGCCGGCACCGCACCAGUCGACGCUCGUGCUCUCCGGCGGCAAGGAGGACCUCGGCGCUCUCGCCAUGCUCGAGGACAGCGUCAAGCGCCUCAAGUCACCCAAGGCGUCGCCGGCGGCAAUGAUGCCCAAGGCACAGGCCGACGCCGCGCUCGCGCUGCUUGCCGACUGGUUCCUCGAGUCCUCGGCCAGCGUGUCGGUCUCCGCCGCCAGCCAUCCCAAGCUCGGGGCCUUCCUCCGCCACGUCGGCCUGCCGGAACUGCAGCGCGCCGACCUCGCCGGCCCGCGCCUCGACGCCCGCUUCGCCGAGGCCCGCGCCGUCGCCGCCGCGCGGGUCCGCGACGCGCUCUUCUUCCAGCUAUCCGCCGACGGCUGGCGGGAGCAGGUGGUCACUCUCUCUGUCAACCUCCCCAAUGGCACGUCCGUGUUCCACCGCGCUGUGCCGGUGCCCGCUGUGGCGCCCUCGGACUACGCUGAGGAGCUGAUUCUCGAUGCCGUGGCGUCCGUCUCUUCAUCUGGCUCCUCCAACGAUCUACACCGUUGCGCGGGCAUCGUUUCUGACCGCUUCAAAUCAAAGGCGCUUCGUGAUCUUGAAAACAAGCACCACUGGAUGGUAAACCUGUCUUGCCAAACCCAUGGCCUCACCCGUUUGGUGCGGGACUUCGCGCGGGAGCUCCCGCUCUUCCGCUCUGCUGCAGCCAAGUCUGCCAAGCUUGCCGCCUACUUCAAUGCCAAGCAGACGGUGCGGUCCCUGCUGCACAAGUAUCAAAUCCAAGAGCUCGGGCAUGCCUCGCUCCUUCGAGUCGCGCAUGUGCCGUUUAACGGCAAUGGCAGUGACUUCCGUGCGGCCUUUGAGAUGCUGGAGGACAUUUUGAAUUCUGCACACCCUCUCCAUCGUGCUGUGCAGGAGGAUUCCUACAAGCUGGUGUGCAUCGACGAUGCAGUUGCAAGGGAGAUGGGGGAGAUGGUGCACAGCGAGGCUUUCUGGAUAGAGGUUGAUGCUGUGCAUUCGCUCGUGAAGCUGAUCAUGGACAUGGUGAAGGAGAUGGAGGUUGACCGGCCUCUUGUUGGGCAAUGCCUACCACUCUGGGAGGAAUUACGGAGCAAGGUUAGAGAUUGGUGUGAAAAAUUUAACAUUGAUGAAGGCAUUGCUCUGAGUGUUGUUGAGAAAAGGUUCAGAAAAAACUACCACCCAGCCUGGUCCGCAGCAUUCAUUUUGGAUCCUCUCUACCUUGUCAAGGAUGCCAGUGGGCGUUACCUUCCUCCAUUCAAGUGCUUGACUCCUGAUCAGGAGAAGGAUGUGGACAGGCUGAUCACCAGAAUGGUGUCACAGGAAGAGGCGCACCUUGCUCUGAUGGAGCUGAUGAAAUGGCGAUCGGAUGGGUUGGAUCCGUUGUAUGCGCAGGCUGUGCAGGUGAGGCAGCCUGACCCGUCCACGGGGAAGAUGAAGGUCGCUAAUAAGCAGAGUAGCAGACUUGUUUGGGAGACAUGCCUGAGCGAGUUCAAGUCACUUGGCAAGGUAGCUGUGCGCCUCAUCUUCCUCCACGCGACAUCCAGGGGGUUCAGGUGCACACCGUCAAUGGUGCGCUGGCUCUCUUCCCCGGGGAGCUUGGCAAGUGGCACUAAUCGAGCGCACCGGUUGGUUUUUGUUGCUGCAAAUUCGAAGCUAGAGAGGAGGGACUUCUCUAGCGAUGAAGACAAGGAUGCAGAUUUACUCGUUGAAGGGGCGGAUGAUGUGGCAAAUGAACCUGACAAUGUGGAACCCUCGUCAGUGUAACAUCGCUGUUUAAUUGUUUCUUCUUACUUUUGCUUGGCUCCUAGAAUUUCUUCCUUGUGCCCAUAUUGUUAAUUCUUGCUUCCUCGCUCUAGAUUUUGGUGGGGUGGGGAGUUGGGCAUGAGAUGGAGAUAUGCUUUGUCCUUUGAUCAUCAAAUUUGGUUAGCGAAUGACUGUCUCUUUGCCAUAUAUGAUUCUAUGGGGCCAUUGAGGUUGCAGAGAUUAAUGAAGUGUUUCUUGUCAAUAUGUCCGGCAAUGCUUCGGAAUGA